AUGAGGCGGCACUCCCCUUCACAACGUAAUCAUACUCAAAUGAGAUCUUUCAUUACCCCCACCAGACGAGCCCUCGCAUUUCCUAUAUCCCCGAGGAUCUCUCAUAAUUUGGUGAGAUUUAACUCGUCAAAGAAAUCAGAUAAUGUUCCAUCAGAUGCUUCAUCUCCCACAAAACUUCCAAUACCAGACAAGCUGAAUGCCUCUGUCGAUGUCCAAAAGGCCAAAAGUGCAGGCGAGCCAGAGAGAAAAGAUACCACGAAUAACAGCCUGGACAAAUAUCUUUCGUUCGAUGAGCUUCCAAAGGUACCACAGGCAGAAGUUGAUAGAGUUGUUUCCAUUAACCAACUAUAUUCCUACCAACCACGCAACAUUUUUGAUCCGGAAGAAGAGUCAAAGCCAGAAACUUUUGCAUACAACUUUUCCAUGCUACCGAGUGAUGUCAACUACCCCAGACGAUACUCAGCCGUAGAUGUCUGGCACGAAGUAAACGGACAAUCUCCUGAUCACACAAUCAAAGUUCACCCUCUCAAAAGAUCUAUCACCGGCAAAUUCGAAAGAAGCACUCUAUUGAAUGAAGUAAGCGAUUUUUAUCUCUGGGAUAUGUUUCCUCAAGAAGAUUCCUUUGGUGCUGCACCAUUUGAUGGCGACAAAACCAUCGACAGCGUCAAAAAUUAUGAGAAAAAACACAACGAUCUUUUGAAAAAGAAGUUUGAUGAAGAAAUGGCCAAAUCCAAGGAGCUCGAGAAUUUCCGAAAUGAAAUCAAUGCUGCCAAGUCAUUCGUCAAGAAAAAGUACUCUACAGACGAAGAUACAACAGUCGGUCAACCUCGCGGAAGAAAGAAGUUUGACAGAGAGCUAUACAAAAAGUACUUGAAGCUAGUGCAGGGCUCGAGGGAUAAGAACUAG